AUGGUCUUCUACUUCACGGCCGACGCCAAGGACCCCAAGGACGGCGAGGACUACGUCGUCUACAUGGGCGCGGACAAGUUCGAGAACGAGGGCCUCAUCGAGUGGGGCCAGAAGCGCGACGUCUGGUUCCACGUCGACGGCCUGAGCUCGGCCCACGUCUACCUCCGGUUGCCGCUCAAGAACGCGCAGUGCGACCCCGACGACCACCGCUGCGCGGGGUUGCUGGACCGCAUCCCCGAGGGCGUCGUCGAGGACAUGUGCCAACUGGUGAAAGCCAACUCCAUCGAGGGCUGCAAGAAGGGGAGCGUCAUGGUCGUCUACACGCCCUGGGCCAACCUCCACAAGGACGAGACGAAGAUGCAGACGGGCGCCGUGGGCUUCCACGACAACCGGCACCGCGUGCUCCGGCGCGUCGACAAGGACAAGCAGGCGGUGAAGCGGAUCGAGAAGACGCGGCGCGAGGCGUUCCCGGACCUCCAGCAGGAGCGCCUGGCCUACGAGCGCGAAGUCGUCGCGUGGCGCAAGGGCCGCGACAAGGAGUCGCGGGCGGAG